GUAAAAAUGGCGGAUGCAGGGCUAACGUGUUGGCUUGUUACCAAUAAACAAACUCGUCUGAUUUAAUACUUAGGAGUCAGAUGUGGACAAGCCGGGUUGCUGCUCAUGUAACAAGUCUUUGGGUUCCAGAAAAAAGUUUCGGACCGUUAACCAUCGUAAACAAAGUACAGUCGUUCUUGUUCCAAACGGUCAGUAACGUUAUUAGAUGCCCGCCAUAUGUAACAUCCGUAACGUCACUUCAGAGUUUAUCUUGUAACUCUGUGCAGUUUUUGUCGUUACAGCGCCUUUUAAAAAUAGCAAUCUGUGUGCGUAGCAGUAGCUGAAAGCAAAAUCUGUUUACCCAGUCAUAAACAUAGCUAAGGUUAGCUCACGGAAACACGGUUCAGGAAAAUAAGUGAUAUAGGAAAACGUGAUCCAUGCUUUAACGUCUGGGGUUAUAUUCUUAAACCACUGAGCCAUCAUUACCGGGGGGUAAGUGAAAAGUGAAAGGACCGCAGCAUCACACAACACUUUCCAAUCAAGGACAUCUGUGAGCUGCUUCCAGUUAUUUCAGAUAUGACGGACUAUCUGACGAGAGGGUUCAGGGCCCAGCUGACGACGGCCAUGGAUGCAGUCUUGAGGAGAGCUGUGUUUGAAAUAAUGAUGCUCUUUGAGAACAGCCUACAUGACCAUCAGAUGGAGCUGGCACAUAAAGGAGAAGAGAUUGCUCACCUUAAAACAAAGUUACAGACAGCAGAGAUCAAGCUGAGAGAACAUGAGUGUGGAGGUGACAGAGGAGUGGAGAUGAACAAAACUCAGAUGAAUGAAACGCAAAGUGAGCCUGAAGUGGUUCUGAACCCCUCUGGACAGACUUCUGAUGUUCCUGAGAUUGAUUUUGAAGUGCCUGAUGACUGGUGUGCUCCCAUUGGCUGCGAGACUGUGACCAAGCAAGAAGAUUCUGUGUGUCCCAGUGUAAGACUACGCCCACUGUUGAUUCCUCUCUUGCGCAUUCCAAUCAUCAAGCAGGAGGUGGCUGACUGUGACAUUAACGCCCACCCGCAAACAAAGAUUGUCAGGCGCUCCAGGAGAGGUUCCUCAUUAAACAAGAGGCACAAACACACUCAGAACAAAAGUUUGCCAGUGUAUGACCAAAGAACUCAACUUAAAACAUUGAGGAAUGACAUGAAACAAUAUCUCCAACAAGUCAAAGAGGAAUAUUCUGACCAAACAGACGGCAUAGGUCUUAGAAGAAGAGGGAGACAUUUAACAGGAAAAGAGAAAGAAAAUACAGUGACGAGAAGAAGAGGAAAAACAAAAAUCCCAGCAACUGCAGAACAGAAGACAGUGCAAAAUAAGGGUAAGAAGAGGUAUACCUGCAAGUUUUGUAAAAAGGUAUUUGACACAGCAUUUGGCCGAAGUGUCCACAUACGAUCGCACAAGAGGUGCCAAGGUUGUAAAAAAGAAUUCCCUUUUCCAAGUAUUCUCGAGCGUCAUAAACCAUCCUGUGAAAAACUCAAGAAAUUGUUGGCAGAGGAAGCGCUGCGCAAUAACCAUCCAAAACCUGAGUCUUGUGGUAAAGAAGAACAGACUCCACCAAGCAAAAAGCUGGUGAUCAUUAAGAAGGAAAGCACUCCUUCUUCUGACAACCACAGUGAACUACAGACCAAGAAAUUCACCAAAAAGCAGUCCUGUCCGCACUGCAACAAGAAGUUUAGUUCAUGCUUGAGGCUCAAGCAGCACAUGCGUAUUCAUACUGGCGAAAAACCGUUUCCUUGCAGCAUUUGCCCGAAGAAAUUCCACAUUAAUCGGUCACUCAGACAUCACAUAAGCAGAAUGCACCGGCACCAAGUGAAUUCCAGCGAGACAAAUGGAGAUCUUGCGUGGACCCAGCCUAUAGAGGACACUGAAGAUAAUCGAGACGAUUUGAUUUCACCCAGCAAGGACAAACAUGGCACAGUCAACCGUAACAUUGUCCAGAGACGACGCGGUCCAGACACAAGGCUGAGUCACAGGUGGCAAACAAUGGGCGUACGGAGCUCUAAUGGCUUCAUCUGUUUACUGUGUCAGAAGUUCGUGAGAACCAAACGCCUGUUGAUUGAACAUUUUUGCAUCCACGCAGAAGACAGGGCCGUGAAAUGCGAGAUGUGCCGCAAAAGGUUUUGUUCUUGUCAACAGCUACACCUGAACAAAAAAAGAUGCCGUUAUCCUGUGACCGAUAUCCAAUGUGAGAAAUGCAAAACGAAAUUCCCAUCACAAGCAAGCUAUAAUAAGCACGUGCCUGAUUGUCUAAAGGUCUUGCCUAAUGUCUGCAAGGUUUGCAGCAAAGGCUUCGUCACUGCAGGACGCCUCAGGAACCACAUGGAGCGUUAUCACAGCUAAGACAGUAUACGGGUAGUGCCUGUGGACACUGAAGCACUGAUGUUGUCAUUUAUGGUCUUACUGAUGGAUGCUGGGAUUUUCCCUGCAUUUAACAUUUUUUAGGUGGCUUAAAUUGAGCUGUUCAGUUGUUUUUACUGCUUUGAGAUGCAAUCAUACGUUAAUUAUAUGAUUCACAUCAGUAUUAGCCAUCUCUAGGUUAGUACUGUUAGUACAGUAAUAACAAAUAUUGUGCCAUCUAGGGUAGCUGCAAAUGGCAAGUCAGAAAGCUAUAGUUUUGAUGGCAAUUUGAAAAUGCAUAUUUUAUUAAAAGUAUUUGUCCAGAUACAUGCAGCAUUGUUGAACAGGACAACCACAGACUGAAUGCCGCAGGUCUUUUGAUACUGACUCUAUAGUUUAACACCAAUCUUAUUUUGUCAUUUCAGUCUAAGAGUAAGAGCCCAGAGGUAAAACUUCAGCGUCACUAUUCAUGUUCAGAGUCCAGUCCAUCACCAAGUUCUCUUGUUCUGCCAUUAUCAUGUGUUCCUUGUUUUAGCCAGAUAUUUUGUUAACAACACUAAGGAAAAGUUCACUGAUGACAUGAAAAUCAGUUUGUAUACUGUAGGUGUGGAUGAUGGAUAACACCUAUCAGUCAGUGUUAUUUUAAAUUGUGAGAUUGUUUCAGGAAAUUCAAUUAAGAAAGCAUUUAUUGAAAAAGAAAUGUGAUUUUUUUUGCUAGUUCAGUGAAUACCUGGGUGAUGGGUGCCUGAUCACGUCGACUUUAAAGUAGCAGACCUGCUCUUUGACUCCAUUAUUGGCUACAGUGGUCUAGUACAUACUAGAGAAUAACCACCCCGGUAUAACGAAAUCUCUGUGUGUUGAAAAUGUGUUGCCUUGCAUUAUACAGUUCAUUGUUAAAUUGCUCAACCCUGUUUUUGUAUUUACUGAGAGUAAAUGUUCAGUUAUCUGUACGUAUUUGUUGACUGUUUUCCUCAGUCACAGGUUGCACUGCUUGAUAUCAACUUUACAAGCAGGGUUUGAGAAACUGCAUCACUCAUCCCUUUCAGGUCCCCCCCAGAAUGUCUGGUGAUGUGCUUGGUGCUUAUGGACCUUUGCGAGUUUGCCAUGUACAAAAUUGGUUAUCUUAUUAUUUGACAGAUAUCUGAAAACUUAACGUUGUGGAGGUUUCAAAGUUAGGUUGUUAUUUCUUCUCAUGCUUAAGUCCUGAUGUAAGCCAGAAUAGAAGGAGACAUAAUUUACAUUUACAGUUACAAACCAAGUAUUAUUUUGUAUGAUUUGCAUUGUUUUUCAUUGAUCCAGUUGUAGUACUAACUAGUAUUAGUAGUAGCAGUCUUGGCUUACAAGCUUGUCUUGUUUUUUAUGGGUUUUUUUUUUAUUGAAAGAGGUUGUAAUAGUGUUACUAGAUGGAGGCAUUUUCAGCAUCACCCCAAUAAAGUCCAUAU